AUGAAUAAUAAAAAUAAUAGUAAUAUUCAAAUCUAUUAUGUUUCAGAAAGACUAUCUAAUCUCAUGUUCUUUAAAAAUCUCAUGGUUGCCAUCGAAAUUGGGCAACAUUUAGUAUUCGUAGAUUCGACGACAAUACAUAAUAAUAGUAAUAACAUUCAAAUCAACUAUUUAACAGAAAGAUUAUCUAAUCUGAUACUAUUAGAUAUAAUAUCAAAGAUCGAUAACAAUGUAGAUAUGAUAUGCUUUUUAAUGACUUGUAAAAGAUUACAUAUCGUUCAAAAUACACUUUCAAAUCAAAUGGUACUGGUCAAUCGAUGGAAUAACAUUUCAAAAUGUAAAGAAUUAAUCAACGUUUAUCACUUGUAUAAUAAAGAUUAUGAUAAGAAUAAUGAAAAUAGUGAUAAUAACAAAAGUAGUAGUAGUGAUGGUGGUGAUUAUCAAUAUAAAGGUGAAAUGGAGCAAGUUCAAAAUGAUUUAGUAAUAGUUGAAGAUUCUAUUAUUGAAUCUCAUCCAAAGAUACCAUCAUCAACAAAAUCAUUGUUCUUACAUUAUUGUGGUCAUUUUGGCGCACCACCACUCAACUAUAUACCACCAUCAGUCAAAGAUGUUGUUUUCCAUUGCCAACAAUUCCAAUGUGACCAACACUUUAUUCCAGAUACUGUCGAAUCGUUAGAGAUGAACACAAGCAAACUAUGUUGUAAUGUCAAGUUACCCAGCAGUCUCAAGUCACUUGUCUGGAAACAUAAUCACUCAUCAUAUCGAAGCCUAUCACUAGAUAUGAUACCAUUCCACAACCUCACAUCGCUUACUACCUUGAAGAUUUGCCUCAGGCAUUUUGGAAAUGGAGUACUACCACCAAACCUUACAUCACUUGACCUCACGUACAGCAGUACUAUCCCACCCAACCUAUUUCAACCAUUGAAGUCGUUGACCUCUAUUCGAAUCAAUGAAGCCUUUGGAGAGAAGGAUGUCGUUACCUUUGACCUCACAUCACAAACCAUUUUGAAAAGUCUCUCCAUCUCCUCUGAUGGUUCUGAUUUUGUCAAACUCCCAGUGACAUCAACACUCUUGCAUUUGGAAGUUUAUAACUCUGUUGAUUUCAUCCCACAAUCACUCGAAUCUCUUCAAAUUGGUUCAGAUCUAUUGUAUGAACUCUCGGAAAAUCCAAACCCUGUACCCCUUCCAUCAACACUUGGACAUCUAUCCAUCAAGAUUGAAAGUUAUCCUUUACCCGAUAUUUCUGAUAUCAUACCACCUAGUGUAACCAGUCUUGAUCUAGAUAUUUGCCAUGAUGAAGAGGAAGAGUUGGAUGGAUUGAUCCCAUCAACAGUUGAAAAACUACAACUAACUGGUUUGUUUGGAUGGUUUGGUCAAACUACUCUCUCUAGUCUUCCCAAUUCCAUCAAAUCGCUAAAGUGGACAGAUAAUCAUGAUUUUACAGACAUUUCUUUUUCGUUUCCAGAAAAUUUGGAGACACUUGAAUGGAUGCCAGGUAAAAUAGAGAAUAUCUCUUAUCCAGAUUCACUCACAUCACUUUCCAUUGAAAUACCACUUCGUUCUGAAGAGUUUUCAUUAUCCCAUAAUCAUACGAUCAGCAAGAAUGGAAUGUUUCUACAACCAAAUACCAAAUACUUGACUUUAAAAUAUUUAUCCUUUAAUGAUACUCCAAUUAGAUUGGACGAGAUUAUCUAUCAAACCAAUGUUCAAGAGUUGACUAUUCAAAAAAGUGAUAAAGAUUAUGAACAUAAAUGGGCUUCAUUUAGCAUUCGUAGAUUGUUGGAUAAUGAUAAACCUCAAGUAUUGAUUGUUGAUAAUCUAUCAAUGUUUGGAGGUUUCAUCACACUACCAUCAUCUUCAUCAUCAUCAUCGGCAUUGUAUCUUCAAAACGGUCAUUAUGGUCCUUAUUGUAGAAUCAAAAAAUAA